AUGGCUGACCACCCGAACCAAACAUUCAAUCCGUCCUCCCAUUCCCCAUUCUCCCCAACCUACAGCCACAUCUCCCGCAUCCCCCUGUCCUCCACUCACACACUCAUCUCCGUCGCCGGCCAAGUCGGCCACAACCCCACCACAAACACCACCGGCGCCACUCUAGCAGAACAAUGCACCAUCGCCUUUGCCAAUGUCGACAAGUGUUUAGCCGCCGCCGGCGCGAGGAAGGAAGACAUCGUGCAGGUGCGGCAAUAUGUGGUCGACCUACUGAGGGGAGGAAAAGGCCAAGAUCCGGAGAGAGCGAGGCUGUAUGUGGAGUGGAUGGGCGGGUUGAAGCCGCCGAGUACGUUGUUGGGGGUCGAGGCGUUGGCGCGGGAGGAUUUGAAGUAUGAGAUUGAGGUCAUCGCUGUUGUGAGGUCGGAGGGGUGA